GUCUAAACAAACAGGGCCGGGCUGAGCCCCCAUCUUCCGCACCCUGCACAGAGUGUGAAAACUGCGAGAGCUGCGCUACUGACACAAGUUCUUACACUGUGGAAUUCGUUUAUCAAGAGUUAAACAUUAUAGUCGAGAACAGGGGCGAGUUACUGAGCUGUGGGAGUGUCGAAAAAAAGAAGCCGGCUGAAGUUUCUGUUCUCCAAGUGAAGAUUCAACUUGAGGAAGAACUCAAGGCACUGAAUGGCUCCGAGAAACACGGCUGUCUGCUGGAGACUUGGCCAAAGUGGCAGAAGUGAAAGAAAUGAAGGACUGAUGAUGGCAGUGGACCAGGCACACUGAUGGAAGGACAGAAGAGCUCUGAAGAGGAGGAAGGCUCCCAUGAGAGGGGAGUGCUCCACAGGUGGCAGGGUUACUCUUGUAGUGUUAACCCAGAGAAGGUGCUCCUGCCAAGGCCUGUGCUUCAAGCUGGCUUGGGGAUCAGCCAUGGAGUUCUACUUAUUGAGGGUGGGCUUGUCUACAGCUUUGGAGAACUGCCAUGGAAGCGAGACCUGAGAUGCCAGGCAGUGGACCCUAUCCUAGAGACCUCAUUGAGUUGCCAGCAUGUGGUCCAGGUGUCUGCAGGCAGCUUUCACUGUGGGGCUGUUACACUGGAUGGGGGGGUUCACAUGUGGGGUGAGAACUCCCAUGGUCAGUGUGGCAUCUCUGGUUUGAUCUUAGUGCCUAAUCCCACCCGUGUCAACAUUGUGGACGAUGAAACUGUCCCCCCUGAAAUUGUCCGGAUCCUAGAUGUGGCAUGUGGGGCCCAUCAUACCUUAGCCCUGUCAGGGAAACAUGAGGUAUGGGCUUGGGGUUCCGGCUGCCAGCUGGGCCUGGUCACCAACAUGUUUCCUGUGUAUAAAGCGCAAAAAGUAGAGCAUUUAUCAGGGAGAUACGUGGUGCAGAUUGCCUGUGGUGGGUUUCACAGCCUGGCUUUGGUUCGCUCAUUACCCCCUACAGAAUCAUGUCACCAGUCCAUGGAUAAAUGUGGCCAAUGCAAGAAGCUGCUUUACACCAUGAUUGAUAAGGAUGACCAUGUUAUUAUUUCUGACAACCAUUACUGUCCACUAGGGGUGGAACUAACUAACACAAAGCAGGAUCAAAAAUCAAAGCAGGGAUCUCCAGAUCUGAUGCCAAAAACAGAUCUCUCAGAGCCUGACCUUGGGUUCUCUGAAGAUUUCAGUCCUAAUCAGAAAGCUUUGGAUGGAACCUACCAAGAUGACACAGAGCCUAAGAAGGAAGAAGAAAACAAUGAACCAGUAGCUCUGUCUGUGACUGAUGGCUCAAAAGCUCCACUGCAACACCUCUCAAGACAAAGAACCAAAAGUUCCCCUUACCCUGAUGAACAAGCUCUGAAAGACUACCUCAAGAGGAUGUCUGAUCAGUCCAUCUCUGAGCAUUCUGAGUCUGUAUCUAUGGCAGGUUCAUGUCCUCCAAGCCGUCAGUCAUCACUCAAGGACCCUUAUAAACUGGACCAAAGUGACAAAGCCACAUUUCCUCCCUUAGCUACACUUAACAUAAGCAAUGGUAUUGAACUCAAACCUUCAGAUUUUGCACCAGUGGCUUCUGAAGAUAGUGCACCAAACUCUAUUUUAAGCAGGCCAGUUGGAGAUUGUGCAUUACCAAUGGGGGAGUCUCUCUGUGAUGACUCAUCUGAAGACUCUGUCAUUAAUACAGUUGUCAGUCCUAGUGACCCUUUAACUAGCAAUGACAGUGAGGAGUCUUGUGACAAUGACCUGUUGACUGCAGGAAAUAAUCUGUGUCCAGACGAGUUUCUGGAGGCCAAGAACAGUGCCAGCCUUACUGACAUCCGGCUUGAUUUCAUAGAGGGACACAGUCGCAGAAGAUCAUUACCUGCUUUGCUCACACAUGCAUCUCCAUCAGUAAUUCAUCGGAACAAACGUUCCAAAAGCGGAGCCAAUACAACCUCAGACAUUUCAGAAAAAGAGAAACUCCUCCCGUCUCUAUUUACAGAGGUAUGGAGUUGGGGUAGGGGUCAAGAAGGUCAGCUUGGUCAUGGAGACUUUUUGCCCAGGUUACAGCCUCUCUGCAUCAAAAACUUAAGCAACAAGGAAGUUGUCAAGAUUGUUGCUGGGUCAAAUCAUUCUUUGGCCCUAACAGCUCAGUGUCAGGUUUACUCUUGGGGGAGUAAUAAAUUUGGUCAGCUGGGUCAUAUGAACUCCCCUAGCACUGUGCCUCACUUCAUAAAGAUGUCUGAGGGUAUUCGUGUGUGGGAUGUAGCUGGUGGACAGACCCACACUGUACUGUUAGCUGAUGGUGAUUGCUUCCAGCCUAUUCUGUACUACAGUGGAGAGCAAGUGCUGGCGACGGAUGACUCUAACAACGGAACAUACACUCAGACGCCUGCCCUGCUGCCCUUUUGCAUGAAUAUUGGCUAUGUGAGCAGUGUUUUUGCUGGAGGGCUAGACUGCGUGGCUCUGGCUGAUCAGAAUGUGAUGGGCUUCAUUGCCACUUUGCAUGAACUGGCAUCAGCAGAGAGAAGGUUCUACUGCACACUGAGCAAAGUGAAGAACCAGGUACUGCGGCCCCUACUGGCUCGGGAGAGUCUCAGCUCAUAUCUGGGCCAGACCUCCAUGCAUCUGUUCCAGACUGUGGCAGGUUGUUUCAGUCGUCUGUGCCAUCUAACAGGGCAGCACGCCACCUCUCUUACCAACUUCCUACACCACAGCAGAGACAUUAAAACUCUGGCCAUUUUGAGAAAAGCAGACAUUUUCUUAGAAACCUAUAAAAGUUACAGCGAUCCUGUAGGGAACUUCUUCGUAAUGGGAGGAUUCCAAUCGCUGGUGAAGCCCUCCCAAGAAUGUUUAGGGAAGAAGCUGGAUCUGGUCCAGAAACUUAUUGAGCCAAAAGAGAAAAACGUCUCCCCAAAUGAUUUGCUACUGAAUCUGUUUUACAUGCCGUUGCAACACCUGCAUGAUUAUGGCAGACUCCUUCUGAAGCUAGCUGCUUGCUUUGAUGUGACUUCUUUGGAAUAUCAAAGGAUUCAAGAUGGCUUGGUGCAGUAUGAGACCUUGGCCCAUCUCUUAAGCAAACAGAAGAAAGAGGCAGAAACUACUCAUGUAUUUUGGAAGAAUUUCUCUGGAAAGAGCUUGGAAUCUCUGCGGAAGCCAUCUCGCCGGCUGGUGUGUGAGAGUGGUAAUAAAGGUUUGACUCUGCAGAACGCUGGAAGAUUUUCAGUCAACUGGUUCAUCCUAUUUAAUGAUGCACUUGUUCAUGCACAGGGUACCAUUCCAUCUAAGAAAUUUUUCUCCUCUCACUUUGUUUAUCCGCUGGCCACACUCUGGGUAGAACCCAUCUCGGAUGAAAAUAUGGGCUUAUUGGGACUGAAGCUGACGACCCCUGAAGAGAAUUUCACAGUGCUGACCUCUUCCCCACUGGAGAAGGGUAAAUGGCUGAAGGCCAUUAAUCAGGCUGUGGAUGAUGUGCUGGGGGUGGGUCUGGAUAGGAGGGGCCUUAAUUUGAGUAGCAGUCAGAGGGUGGAGCCCCCUGUCUCCCGCACUGCUACUUAUACCUUCAAAAAAGAAAGCAGACUCAAAGAUGCCACGUACAGUGGCCGCUGGCUACCUGGAAAACCUCAUGGCAAAGGAAUGCUGAAGUGGCCUGAUGGCAGAGUUUACUGUGGUACAUUCAAGAAUGGUCUGGAGGAUGGGUUCGGGGAUUAUAUGAUGCCCAAUAAGACCUUCAAUAAGUAUGAUCGGUACAAGGGCCACUGGAAGGAGGGCAAAAUGCAUGGCUUUGGAACGUACUGGUGUGCCACAGGUGAAGUGUAUGAGGGCUCGUUCCGAGAGAACCAGCGUCAUGGCCAUGGCAUGCUGAGCAGUGGCCGACUGGCCUCCCCAUCAUCCAGCAGUGUGUUUGUUGGCCACUGGCUCCAUGACAAGAAAAAUGGCUAUGGCGUGUUUGAUGACAUCACAAAGGGAGAAAAGUACAUGGGUAUGUGGCUGGAGGAUCUUCGACAGGGGAAUGGUGUUGUUGUUACUCAGUUUGGGCUCUAUUAUGAAGGAGCUUUUAGUAACAACAAGAUGAUGGGCAAUGGGCUUUUGCUGUGUGAAGAUGACACUGUCUUUGAAGGAGAGUUUUCAGAGGAUUGGGUGCUGAAUGGAAAGGGUGUCCUAUCUAUGCCUAAUGGAGACUCUUUUGAUGGCAUCUUUGUGGGCGAGUGGGGCUCUGAACUGAAGGUAGCUGGUACUUUUAUAAAGCCGUGCCUUUAUGAGACUGAGAAGAAGGAGAAUAAGCCACUAGUGCUUGGUCAUUAUGUAGUUCCUGCAGAGCAGAAGUGGAGGGCUGUAUUUGAGGAAUGCUGGAGCCGGCUAGGCUGUGAAACUCCAGGACAGGGAGAGAAUGACAGAGCCUGGGAGAACAUUGCAGUCAUCCUAACAGCCAGCUGCAGACAGCAGAAAGACGUUGUGUUUAGUCCAGGAACUAUGAGCCGCUCACAGUGUAAGAUGCUGGAGAGUCUGGAGGUGAUUCCUCAGCACAUGGGACCUGUUACUGCUGAAGUCUAUGAGAGCAUCCGUCGCUACCUCAUCAAGGCAUGUGAUACUCCUCUGCAUCCUCUGGGCUGGCUGCUGGAGACUCUGGUCACUGUGUACAGAAUGACAUAUGUGGGAGUGGGCUCAAACAGGAGGCUUUUACAGCAGGCAGUGGAGGAGAUCCAGUCCUACCUGAAACGCAUAUUCGAACUGGUUAGGUUUCUGUUUCCUGGUCUGCCUGAAGAAGGGGGUUUCAUCCCUGAGUCUUCAGAAAGGAGGGCCAGUGACUCCCUGUGCAGCAGCACCAACUCUGACACAGUCCAGCAAGGCUGGUUUGUGAGUAGCUCCAGUCUCCUGCUACCAAUUUUGUUACCUCGUCUUUAUCCUCCUCUCUUCAUGCUGUACACGCUGGAGCGAGAGCGAGAAGAGCAGGUGUACUGGGAAUGUGUGUUACGCCUCAACAAGCAGCCUGACUUGUCGCUGCUCACCUUCCUGGGAGUGCCCGAAAAAUUCUGGCCGGUCUCAAUCUCUGUUCUGGGAGGGAAUGAAGAGGUGCUACCUAGCACUAAAGAUGCUUGUUUUUCUGCUGCUGUGGAGACCCUGCAACAGAUCAGCACAACAUUCACUCCUGCAGAUAAGCUUCAGGUGAUUCAUUUGACAUUUGAGGAGGUCACACAGGAAGUGCAGGCCUUACUAGGUCAGGACUUUUUGUGGUGCAUGGAUGACCUCUUCCCCAUCUUCCUCUAUAUAGUUCUCCGCGCACGGAUCAGAAACCUGGGCUCUGAAGUGAGCCUCAUAGAGGACCUGAUGGAUCCUGCUCUACAGCAUGGAGAACUUGGACUGAUGUUCACUACUCUCAAAGCAUGCUACUACCAGAUUCAGAAUGAAAAGACUACAAGCUUCUAGAAAUGCAGAUGCAUGCGUGUGAAGUGAUGUCUGGUAUCAGGUCUUUGAGAUUGUUGCACUUGGUUUCGGAUGCAGUGGGUUCACACUCUGGCCAACCCAGGAGGAGGUAAUCCUUGUGGUCAAAUGCACUGGCAAUGGUCUAUAAAGACAAAGUGAGAGAAAGCCCAUUAAUGACAGUCCUGAAGAGCAUGAUUCCACCACAGUAUUUACAGCUGCUUCAUCACACAGAAGUCUGAAACUUUUCUGAUUUUAUUUGCUACUUUUUAGACAUGGACAUUUCAUGGUGUGCUACUCUGAAGAGUCUAUAGGUUGUUACUGGACCGGAAAGGGGUUUAUAUACUAGCACUGAGUAGAAUUCACACUUUGUCACUGUGUUCAUUGAGGUGUUAUAGCAUUGAUAUGAUUGAUCUUCAGUGGUUUUAACUGAUUUGUUACACUCAUGGCUAACUGCACUCUUGCUGGUUACUUGCCUUGUGCACAUCUCACUCUCUUUACUGUUACAUCCUACAAUGGUUUUUGCCCUGCCAUGAGCAAACAGUUUGCUUAAGUCAGGGGUGUCCAUUCUUGUCUGCAAAGGGCAAUGAAGGUUCUCUUUCCGAACAACCAAGAGCACAACUGAUUCCACUUGUUUAAUCAGGUGGUCUCAGUCUUGGCUCCUGCUUUCUUGUUAUCAAAACCCACAGCUAUACCGGCCCUUUAAAGUUCACACUCAAAUGUCAAAUAUUUUGUGGUGCUCUAACAUAUUUAGCAUUUUCCAUAAACAUGAAAAGAGGAAGUUCAUAACAAUUGGUAGAUACUGUAUUUUUAUAGUGCACAAACACUGGAAUUUAUUGGAAUGUAUUUAUUAGAGAGAUUUGUGGUUUAACUGACUGAGAAGAUAGAUGUACUGAAUGUAACGUGAGGGAAUAACUACUGAACAAUUAUAUUUGGAUAAAGUGUACCUAGGCCGUCUGCAGAAUUCUGCUUUAUCUAACUGUUGAAAGAGCUUACACAUUUUAUUUUUUUUAAAUAUUUUUAUAAAUGCUGAAUUUAGAAUUUUAAAAUUUUCUUUUGAGCAAGUAGUGCCUGUCACGUGCCUGUCACAGUUGAUCUUUCUACUUUUAGGCACUGUCGAGAUUUGCCAAGAUAAAAUCAAUAUUUUAAUAAUUUAUUCAUAGUAUUAAGACUCUAGAAGACACCAAUUGCGGGAAAAGCCUAAUGUGGAGUGAAUGAUUUACCAUAAAUACUGUGUUUAAGUGUACAAGCAUGUGUUUGUGUAUAUUUUUGUGUGUUUGAUUGAGUGCACAUCCACAUGUAUAUAUCAUCACUCUCAGAACAAAACCUUGAAACUAUAAAAUAGUCAUUUUAACAUUUAAGGGAAAACAUUAACGUUCAACGUUUAAAGAUUUUAUUCUAAGUAAUUUUGGACCUUUUUCUUUUGGUCUCUCCUUCAUAAAAUUAUGUUUUCAGUUGGUUACAAGAUUGAAAAAAUGCAAAAAUAAGUAUAGCAAAUAUUAUAACAAAACACUGAUUAUAGUUUAAAAUAUUUUAACAUUACUGCAUAUUUGACUGUAUAUACAAAUUAAUUGCUACUCAGAUUAAGCAGAUCUUUAAAUAAAUUGGCAAAUCUCCAUGGAAAUUCUAGGCAUUUAUAUCUGGAACUUUGUAACAGUAGAAAUAAUGCAACAUUCCUGUUACAUACAGACAUUAUACUUUCAAUAAGGCACCUCUCUUUGUCACACUAAGCUGCUUAAAACAUUUCAUGAUUUUGCUGGAAUUUAUUCAUUAACCCGUAAUAGUGCUAUUAACUCUUCCCUUAACGCUGUGUAAGGCAAGACUUGUAUUGUGCUGCAAUUUGCCGUCUUAAGGCACUCAGGACCUUUUCUAUACUGCAUAAAUUCAUACAAAUGAUAGAUGUAAAAACAUCAGAGGACCAUUCUUUAUUUCUUCUGUAAAGAAUGUCCAGUGCUUUGGGAGGUUCUGGAGACAAACAACAAAUAACAUAAGGGCUAAUAUAAUAGUGUUAGUGAUAAUGAGCUGUUUACUAUAAUGACCGAACUGAGUUCUAUGGGAAAAUUGCUGCAACAGGCUGAAUCCAUUUUUAGUGAAAGGAUUAAGAUUUUUGAAUUCAUUGAAUUAAUAUAUGAAGUGACAAAUAAAUUCUUUUAACAAAAUUA